AAGGAAGCAAUGACCUCAAAGAGUACAACCCUUACAACCCUUACUUGAGCGAAAUACCCUGAUUCACCUUUGUUGUUAGCCACGUUCUUUUUGUCGACAAUCUAUAUAUAUCCAUUAAGUUCACCUGAUCCCAACAGUCAACUUGCUACCUCACCAUUAGCACCGCCAUUACCCAGCAACCCAGCAACCCACAUAGAAUCUUCUUUGGAAUAUCACUAUAUUCGCAAUGGGUAACCCAAGCAAUCAUCUUGCCAAGGUGUGCGAGGCAUGGGACCUCUUACAGGAGCGCAUUGAUGCGGGAAGCUAUGUCAUAAACGGCCAAGAGCUCCAUAUCUCUGAUGUUGUGGCCACCGCGCUCCAUGGAUGCAUUCCACAGAUCACGGAUGACCCAAAGGUCGUUAAGAGCAUCCAGGAUAGCGUGGAUGUUCUAUACCACUACCUUUCAAAGGGGUGGUAUGUCUAUGGCGUAAACACGGGAUUUGGAGGAAGCGCAGAUACACGGACUGAUCAAGUUGUAGCUUUGCAAUCAUCUUUGAUGCAACUUACUCAGUCCGGUAUCAUCUCCAGACACGCUGAUGGAUCGAAACCAGGUCAUUCUAUGCCCGCAGAAUGGGUCAAGGCGGCUAUAGUCGUGAGGUGCAACAGUACCUUACGAGGCCACUCUGCCGUUUCCCUCCCGGUCCUCAAGGCUAUUACAGACCUUCUUGAGAAUGACUUGACCCCCGUUGUACCAUUACGCGGUUCAGUCUCGAGCUCCGGUGACUUGAUGCCACUCUCAUAUGUGGCUGGUAGCAUAGAAGGAAACCCAGAUGUUCUAAUUGAAAAGAACGGCAAGGUCCUUCCAGCACCCCAGGCAUUAGCAGAGGCAGGACUUCAGCCGGUGAAGCUUGGCCCCAAAGAGGGUCUUGGUUUGAUUAACGGAACAUCAUCAUCGGCAGCACUAGCUUCCAUUGUGAUCACUGAAUCUCACCGACUGGCCCUUCUUACACAGGCUCUCACUGGCAUGGCCGUGGAAGCGCUUCACGGAAGCAGAGAAAGCUUUAACCCAUUUAUUGCCAAGACGCGACCUCAUCCAGGCCAGAUCGAAGUCGCACGAAACAUUUACUAUUUCAUGGGUGGCUCAGCUCUUGCAAGAGAUGUACUUGAACCGAAGAAUCGUCGCUCCGAAGAUUUGGUUCAAGAUCGUUACUCCGUACGAAGCGCUCCGCAAUGGAUUGGUCCUCAGAUCGAGGAUUUGCUUCUCGCAGACCAGCAGAUCAGCAUCGAACUCAACUCUUCGUGCGACAACCCACUUGUCGACGUAGAGACCAAAGAUAUCCAUUACGGCUGCAAUUUCCAGGCGGCGAGUAUCACAUCAUCCAUGGAGAAAGUACGACUAUCGUUGCAAAUGUUCGGUAGGAUGCUCUUUUCGCAGCUUACCGAAAUGGUUGACCCGAGUCUCAGCGGUGGACUACCAGCCAACCUUGCCGCCGAUGACCCUAGUCUCUCUUUCACAUUCAAGGGAGUCGAGAUCAACAUGGCUUCUUACAUGGCAGAGCUAUCUUAUUACGCCGGUCCCAUGAGCCCUUUUAUCCAAGCCGCCGAGAUGCAUAACCAAUCAGUCAACUCGAUGGCAUUGGCGUCGGCUCGUAUGAGUGCGCAUGCAACAGAAAUUCUCACCAUGAUGACUGCAGCACACUUGUAUGCUAGUUGCCAGGCCGUAGAUCUCAGAGCACUGCAUAUGCAUUUCGUGCGAAAGGCCGUCGAGACAAUCUCAUCAAUCACCACCCAAUUUUUCUCCGGAAAACUAGCAUCUGAUGAACUAGAAGAUUUCCAGAAGGCCCUUGCAGCCCACGUUUAUCCUUCCUGGUCGUCUUCGAGCAAGAAGGACCUCGCGGACCGUUGUGAAGCUCUCGUAAGCACAGCAGUGCCUAUCGCCGUCAACCACACAAAGGGUAACGUCGAAGACAUCACCCAAUGGAAAGAACAAACUGUCAAAGCCAUCAAUGCCUUGUGGGAAAAGACCUUUGAAGAGUUCUGCGCCAGGCCCCACACUCCCAAUGUCCUGGGUAAGGGUUCAAAGGUUCUGUACACAUACGUCCGUGAGAAACUUGGUGUACCGUUCCACCAGGGCUUUGUUGAGCAUCCCACCAAUAAGGUUGAUACUUUGAACGGCCGACCCAAGAAAUCCAUCGGUGGCUGGACCUCCAUUGUUCACGAUGCGAUCAAGGAUGGUUCUUUGUAUGGCGGAUUAAUAGCAUUGGCCUCGGAAGGUCUGCUAAAGGAAACUAAUGGUCACACAAACGGCUACACAAACGGUCAUACAAAUGGACAUGCUAACGGGUACACGAACGGCACGAACGGGAAGAUCUGAAGUGACUAACUAUUCAAUUUGUCGCGCAAUCAUUCCGUCAUAAAUAUGCCUAUCUCCUCUGUCUAGGAGUUGGUGAAGGCCCUUCAUACGGCGUCGGUGCUUUGAGAAGUAGAAAAAGAAAAGAAGGUACCUAGAGACUGCUUAAACCUGGCUCGGAAUUUUGCUUCUACAUGAUGUAUUAUCAUAUAUAGCGUCUUUCCUUUGA